AUGAAGCAGACCGGUCAGGUGAACCAGAAAGGAUUGGUGUAGUGUAGCUGCUGUGUGAGGCUGCAAAGCGAGAGCCAUCUAGUGAGACACCAGGGAUACUACACAAUAUGGCAUUAUGAAGAGACACCAGGGAUACUACACAAUAUGGCAUUAUGAAGAGACACCAGGGAUACUACACAAUAUGGCAUUAUGAAGAGACACCAGGGAUACUACACAAUAUGGCAUUAUGAAGAGACACCAGGGAUACUACACAAUAUGGCAUUAUGAAGAGACACCAGGGAUACUACACAAUAUGGCAUUAUGAAGAGACACCAGGGAUACUACACAAUAUGGCAUUAUGAAGACGGUCUCAAGUUUCAAGUAUUUCAGGGACAGUGAAAUGCUUAACUCUCUGGGAGAGGAGAUGAAAAUGGAUCUGUCACAUCUCACAUCUUACACACACAGACAGACAUACACGCAUGCGCACACACACACACACACACACACACACAGACAGACAUACACGCAUGCACACACACACACACACACACACACACACACCACACACACACACACACACACACACACACACACACACACACACUCCUAACUGCUUCUUCAUCUCUUCAUCUCCUCCCACAGCAUCAAACCAACCUCAUCCCGGGGCUGAACCUGAAUGCUCUGGGAAUCUUCUCCACUGGUCUGUCUGUGUUAUGGCCUGCAGCAGGCCCCCGAGGACCGCCCAGGCCCUUCCUAGUGAGUACACUACUACACUACAGGCCCUUCCUAGUGAGUACACUACACACUACAGCCCCUUCCUAGUGAGUACACUACUACACUACACACUACAGCCCCUUCAUAGUGAGUACACUACCACACUACACACUACAGCCCCUUCCUAGUGAGUACACUACACACUACAGGCCCUUCCUAGUGAGUACACUACUACACUACACACUACAGCCCCUUCCUAGUGAGUACACUACACACUACAGGCCCUUCAUAGUGAGUACACUACCACACUACCACACUACACACUACAGCCCCUUCCUAGUGAGUACACUACUACACUACAGGCCCUUCCUAGUGAAUACACUACCACACUACCACACUACAGCCCCUUCAUAGUGAGUACACUACUACACUACAGGCCCUUCCUAGUGAAUACACUACCACACUACAGCCCCUUCCUAGUGAGUACACUACCACACUACACACUACACACUACAGCCCCUUCCUAGUGAGCACACUACCACACUACAGCCCCUUCAUAGUGAGUACACUACCACACUACAGCCCCUUCCUAGUGAGUACACUACCACACUACAGCCCCUUCAUAGUGAGUACACUACCACACUACAGCCCCUUCCUAGUGAGUACACUACCACACUACCACACUACAGCCCCUUCAUAGUGAGUACACUACCACACUACACACUACACCCCUUUCAUAGUGAGUACACUACUACACUACAGGCCCUUCCUAGUGAGUACACUACCCACACUACAGCCCCUUCAUAGUGAGUACACUACCACACUACCACACUACAGCCCCUUCCUAGUGAGUACACUACUACACUACAGGCCCUUCCUAGUGAAUACACUACCACACUACAGCCCCUUCAUAGUGAGUACACUACCACACUAUGUCACGGUUCAGACAGACGACCAGAGGCCCCACAAUUGCGUCCACCAGAAUUUUUGGGUUCCCAAAUUGGGGGGUUUUCCGGUUAAAAAAACAAAUUAUACCCCCACAAAACCCAAAAAACCAGAUGGGAAUGGCGUAUCCCCGGGGGGGCCAGCAAUCCCUUGUUUGGGUUUAACCCCAAAAAAUUUUUUGGGGGUUUUUUUUUUAAAAAAAAAAAAAGAAAAGGUUCCUUGUUCAAAAUUACAGCGUUUUCCCCAAAGAAAAGAAAACCCAAAAAUUUUCCCCUUUUAGGGGUUUUCCUUGGGAAUUUCACCGUGAACCAUAAUUAACCCCCAAAAGCCCCCUAAAAGGGAGGGGGUUUGGGUUUUUGGGGACUUAAACCGGGAAAUUUUUUUUUGGGGCUAAAUUUUUAGGUUGGUUUCUUUUGCCCCGAAGGAAAUCUUUUCUUUUGGGGCCUUUUAUUAGGGUUUUUCUUUUUGUUUGGCAUUUGCCAUUAAAAGGCCGAUUACACUUUCAUUCCCCUUUAAAAUUUAAGGGUGGAUGUGUUUUUUUUUAAUUUAAAGUUUUGAAAUUUGGUUUGGGCUUUCCCCAAGGGCGGGUUUUUAAAUACCCCCCCUUUUGCACAAAACUUUUGGGUUUUCCACCCCUUGGCCCGGCCCCCCAAUCCAAUUUCUUUUCAAGGGAUUUUUUUUAAUUAAAAAUUUUUCCGGGUUGGACUCCCUUAAGUUUAAAGAAGAGGGGAAAUUUCCCCCCGGGCCCCCGGGGGCUUUUGGGCCCCUUUCCCCCCCCCCUUCUUUUUGGUUUUCCCCUUUUGGGCUAUUCUGUUCCCCCCCUUUUCCCCCUUUGUUUUCCCCCUUUUUCCCCCCUUUUUUUCGGCCACCCCGUUUGUUUUCCCCCUGGCCCCCAUGGCCCGGGAGAACCAAAUUCCCCAAAGCGCUCCCCCCUCCUAUUUAAAACCCCCCAAAUCCCCCCCUUUUGGCCCCCCCCCUUUUUGGCCCCCAUAGGGAAUUUUCCAAAAAAAUUUUUUUAGUUUCCACAGUUGUUUGGAAAAAAAAAAAGGGGGCCCGUGGUAGGGGGGGUUUAAAUUUGGGGGGGGCGGGGGGGUGACGGAUAUGGGGGUUUUAAGUGGACUGUUAUUUUUUAUUUUUUUUUAAGAGAGAUCAAAGCCCAAACCCCCAGAAAUGGCACAACACAGCUGGCACAGCAAAAGGCAUGGCAGAAAACAAGGGAAAAACCAGCAUGGAAAAAAACACAACAUGGCACCCAACAAAAGCGGUCCCCAAACAAACAUAAAACCCCUAGCGGGUAGCAAAAACAACUUUACAACCCAGCAUGGCAGAAACCCAAAAAAUGCCAACACCCCCAGGUAGCAAAAAAAAACAUACAACCCCAUGGUAGCAACACAACAUGACCACAGCAUGGCGCAACCAACAGGACAACACAGAAGGGUAGCAAAAACCAAAACAUAAAACCCCCACAGGGUACCCGCCCCCCCCCGAAAACCCCGCAGGGGCCCCAACCCAACAGGACAACCAGCAGGGGUCAACAAAACCCAGGGCAGAAACCCCAGUGGCAGCAACACAGCAGGGCCCGAACACUGAAAAACACAGCUGGCAGCAACACCGACAACCAAAAAGCAUGGCAGCCAACACAUGACAACACAGCAUGGCAGCAACACAGGGGGGCCCGCAAAAAACCUGACAACCACAUGGCGAACACAUGAAAAACACAGCAUGGAGCAACAAAAGGGGGGGCACCCAAAAAAACAUUUGGAGCAACACAAAAAGGGCCCGAAACACGCAUGGAAAGAAACCCAAAAAGCAUGGCAGAAAACCACGGGGGCCGCAACAAAAAUGGAAAGAAAAACACAGCAUUUUAGAAAACACAACAGGGAAACCACACAGAAGGCCCCAACACAGCAGGGCCCGCAACACACCCAGGCAGAAACAAUGAAAAACCAACAUGGCAGCAACAAAAACAUGGCAGAAAAAACACCCUGGCACAAACAAAGGGCAAAACCCACACCAUGGGCAGCAAACACAACAGGGCAGCAACACAGCAUGCAGAAACACAGCAUGGCAGCAACACUGAAAACCCACAGAAAUUGGCAGCAAAAAAACCCGGACAAACACAGCAUGGUACCCAAACAACAUGGCACCCAACACACCAGGGGCAAAAAACCGCAGGGGGGAAGCAACAAUGCCCAAAAAAACAGAAUGGCGGGGCACACAACAGGGCCCGCAACACAGCAGGGCAACACAGCAGGCAGAAACAACAUGGCAGCAAAAACAGCAGGGGUGAAACCACAACAGGGAAAGCAACACAGCAUGGCCCCCCGAACCGCAGGGGCAGCAAAAAAACAGGGGCACCAACACAGAAUGGCAAACACAUAAACAAAACCCAGGCAGAAAACCCCAACAUGGUAGCAAAACACAAAGGGCCCGCAACACAGCAUGGCACAACAAAAAAUAAACGAAAAACACAGCUGGCAAAAAAACACACCCCCAAAUGGCAGAAACACAGCAGGCAGCAACACAUGAAAACCAAAGCUGGAAAGGAAAAAAAAACCCUGGCAGCAAAAAACAGGGCCGCAACACAGCUUUCCCGGGCCAACAGCUGGCAGCAACACAGCAUGGCAGAAACCCAGCAUGGCACAACACGCUGGCAAAAACACAUGAAACAAAAAAGGGGCAAAAACAAACAGGGGAGAAACCAGGGCAUGGCAGCAAAAACCCUGGCAAAAACACACCCGGGCAGAAAAAAGUUUGGAAAGCCACACAAAACAGGGGCCGAAACCACUUUGGCAGAAAACAGGCGGAAAGCAAAACAAAAAUGGCAGCAAAACGAAAUGGCACCCAAAACAGCAUGGCAGCAAACAUGAAAACCCAACCGUGGCAGAAAACACAACAUGGUAGCAAACAAACAUGGCAAAAAAACAGAGGGCGAAACCCACACCCUGGCACCCACACAAAGGGGCGGGAAACAAAAGGAAAGGGCAGCAAAAACCUGAAAACCCAAAAGCUUUGGCAGCAACAAAACAUGGCAGCAACACGGGCAGGGCCAAAAAACCACAGCAUGGCAAACAAAAGGCAGGGCGGAAAACAUGCCCAACCCAAAAGCUUUUCAAAAACCCACAAAAUAAAAAACCCCGAUGGCAGCAAAAACAACAUAAAAACCCACAGAAAAGGUAGCAACACAAAAAUGACAAAACACAAGGUAGCAACCCCAAACAUGAAAAACCACAGAAAGGGUUUAGCAACAAAAUGAAAAAACCACAGCAUGGUAGCAAAGCCCCAAAACAUGAAACACAGCAGGGUGGGCAACAAAAACGGGGGAAAAAAACCCCAAAAUGGUACAACACAACAUGACAACACAGCUUUGGGCAGCCCCCUGCCCCCCAAACACACAGGGCAGAAACCCCAAAAAAACCCAAAAGAAAUGCACAACAGAAAGGUACAAAAUUUUUGGGCACAGAAACACACACAUGGCCAACACAUGACAACACAGCAUGGAAAGCAAAAACCAAAACUGAAAAACCAAAAAAAAGGGUGGCCAACACAACAGGGAAAAACACAGAAAAGGUGCAAAAAAAACAACAAAAAACAGCGGGGUUUACCAACCACAACAUGGCCCCAACACAGCAGGGCAGCAAACCCCCGGGAAAAGAAAACAAAACAUGAAACACAGGGGGGGAAAGGCCACACAACAUGCCCAAACACACCCUGGCGGGCCCCAACGGGGGCCUCAACCCCAGCAUGGGCCGAAAACACAUGCCAACAGCAGGGGUACAACAAAACAACAACAACAUGGGGGGCAACACAACAGGUAGAAGCCCCCAAAACAGGGUUCCAAACAUAUUGGGCACAGACAACAAAAAAAAGGGCAAGAAGAAAAAAACAAAACUCAGGCGAAGCGCCACUCUGCCCAGAAAGGGGCCAAUGUGAGUCUUUGAAAAAAGGGGGGGGAGAUAAAAUGCCCCCAUUUUGGGUUUUUUUUGCAGCUCUUUCCCAGUGGGCUAGCGGGAAAGGAACUAAAAAAAAGGGGCGCCCCCGGGGUUUUGUGUGGUUUUUGGGGAUUUUUAAAAAGGGGGAAUGUGGGGCCCAGAACGGGGGUUUUUUUUGAGGAAAAGGGUGCAGUAGGUCUAAAGAAAAGGGAAAUCCUUUAACAGCGCCACAAAGGGGCCCAACCCCCGGUGCUUUUUAACUUUGCCAAAGUUCCCUCCUGCCCUUUUUUUCUGGGGGGGCCCAAAAAAUUGACCAAUUAGGCGGGUUUAAAAUUUCAAAAAAACCCAAUAUUUUUUACAGUGAACCUCUAAUAUACAUUUUUUUUGGCCGGAUCUUUUUGGGUAAUUAAGAGGUCAUAAAAUAUAACUUAUUUAUGCCAGAUCUAGGGACUUUUCCCUGAUGUUUUUUUAAUAAAAAACCAUUUUUUGCUCAUUUCUUUUUGCAAAAUUGAUAUAAACAUUAUAAAAUGAACCCAGAGGGGGUCAGGUGAACCAAAAAGGUUUUGGUGAGUGUAUUGCUGGUGAGGUUUCCAUCUAGCGAAAAAACCCCCAGGGAUCCGACCCCAAUUGGCAUUAUGAAGAGAAACCGGGGAAAUAGCCCCAAAAUUUGGCAUUAUGAAAAGAAAAACCGGGGGUAUAAAAAACAAUAUGGCAUUUGAAGGACCAGGGAUACAAACCAAGUUGGUUUUAAUGAAGAACCCAGGGAUACUACACAAAUGGAUUUGAGAGCCCACCAGGAAAAUACAAAAUUUUAGGGCAUUAUAAAUAAAAACACCAGGGAAAAUACCAAUAUGGCAUUUUUAAAACCCCCCCAAGGGUACUAAAACAAAAUUGGCAUUAUGAAGACGGUCCCCAGGUUUCAGAAAUUUCAGGUACAGGAAAGAGUUAACUCUCGGGGGGAGAGAUGAAAAUGGAUCUUCACAUCUCAAUCUUCCCACACACACAGACAGAAAUCACACCCCACACCCAACACACAACACACCCCACACACCCCACACCCACACACCCCCCAACAGACACCACCCCAAACCCCCCACAAACACACUCCAAUUUCUUUUUCUUCAUCCCCUUCCCCCUCUCCUCCCCCCAGCUUUCAAAAACAUCAUCCCGGGUUAAAACCUAAAUUUCUCGGGGAAUUUUUCUCCCCUGGUUUGUCUGUGUUAGGGCCCUUUCAGCAGGCCCCCGGAGGCCGCCCGGCCCUUCCUAGUGGAAAAUCCCAAACCACACUACGGCCCCCUUCCCUAUUUGGGGAAACACUAA